UACUUGCUCCUGCCAAUGUGAGCCCCCCAGCCUCACACACACACACACACACACACCUACUGUGACACACCGGGAUCUUGAAAAGGACCUGGAAUACGGGGAACACGGUGCAGACACGUCCCCUCGCGAGCCCCUCGGAUCACGUCAGAGCUGCGAAGAAGAUGGUCCAGACCGAACGGUGAAUGGGAAACCUCGGCACUGGAUACGCGACCACCCCUCUGAGGAUCUUUGCGCACCGGCGGAGAGCGGAACCAGCGUCGGCGCGGUGCGAGUCCGGGCGCGCGUCGUCGGGGAGGAGACGGGAGGAUGGACGCCUUCUUCACAGAGGGGGCCCGAGUUUGGGUCAAGGAGAAGAAGCAGCUGCUUCCGGCUACUGUUAACUCCUGUGGAGAUGGAACCCUUGUUGUCACGACCGACUAUGGGGAGGUGCUGUACCUGCAGCAGGCUGAGGUUACGAGGGAGAAGGUGUGUGCGAUGCACCAGUCCAGUAUCGAUGGAGUGGAGGACAUGUCGGCCCUGGCUGACCUGCAUGAGGCGGCCAUUAUGCACAACCUGUACCAGCGCUACCAGAAGGACAACAUCUAUACCAACAUCGGCAGCAUUCUGGCAGCAGUGAACCCCUACAAACAGAUCCCAGGCCUGUACAACCCGGAGCGGGUAGAGCUCUACUCCAAGCAUCACCUCGGGGAGCUCCCGCCUCACAUCUUCGCCGUGGCCAAUGAAUGCUACCGAUGCAUCUGGAAGCGCCAUGACAGCCAGUGUGUCCUCAUCAGUGGAGAGUCCGGAGCGGGGAAGACGGAGAGCACCAAGCUGUUACUCCAGUUUCUCUCGGUGAUGAGCCAGAACUCUGCCGGGACCCCGCCCACAGAGAAGACCACCCGGGUUGAGCAGGCCAUCGUGCAGAGCAGUCCCAUCAUGGAGGCCUUCGGAAACGCCAAGACAGUUUACAAUAAUAACUCCAGUCGGUUCGGGAAGUUCAUCCAGCUGCACUUCUCGGAGAGUGGCAACAUCCAGGGAGGCUGCGUCAUCGACUAUUUACUGGAGAAGAACCGAGUGGUGCGUCAAAACCCAGGAGAACGCAACUAUCACAUCUUCUACGCUCUGCUGGCAGGAGCCAGCAAGGAGCAUAAAAGUCAGUACUUCCUGGAGGAUCCUGCUGAAUCAUUCCACUACCUCAGUCAAUCAGGUUGUCUGAAGGACAAGAGUCUUAAUGACAAGGAGCUGUAUAACAGCGUGAUGGAGGCGCUAAAGGUGUUACAGUUCACAGAGGAGGAGAUCAGAGAUAUGUUCAAGCUCUUGUCAGGAGUCUUACAACUCGGUAACAUCGAGUUCAUGACCGCAGGAGGCGCUCAGAUCACCACCAAGCAAGUGGUCACUAAUGCCAGCGAGCUGCUGGGUCUGGACGCCUUCCAGCUGUCUGAAGUGCUGACACAGCGUUCCAUUAUCCUCCGAGGAGAGGAGAUCUGCUCCCCGCUAACUAUCGAGCAGGCGGUGGAUUCUCGGGACUCUGUUGCCAUGGCGCUGUAUUCCCAGUGCUUCUCCUGGAUCAUCCUCAAAAUCAACCAGAAGAUCAAAGGGAAGGAGAACUUCAAAUCGAUUGGCAUCCUCGACAUUUUUGGCUUUGAGAACUUUGAGGUCAAUCGCUUCGAGCAGUUCAACAUCAACUACGCCAACGAAAAACUCCAGGAGUAUUUCAACAAGCACAUCUUCUCCCUGGAACAGCUGGAGUACAACCGGGAAGGUGUCCAGUGGGACGCCAUAGACUGGAUGGACAAUGCAGAAUGUCUUGAUCUCAUUGAGAAGAAACUGGGUUUGUUGGCUUUGGUCAAUGAAGAAAGUCGAUUCCCCAAAGGCACAGACUUCACUCUGCUGGAGAAGCUGCACAGCAGACACUCGACAAACCCGUAUUAUGUCAAACCCAGACUCGCUGAUCAUCAGUUUGGGAUCAAGCAUUACGCAGGGGAGGUGCUGUACGAUGUCAAAGGGAUCCUGGAGAAGAACAGAGACACUUUCAGGGAUGAUAUUCUCAACAUGCUCAAAGACAGCAGACUGGAUUUCAUCUAUGACUUGUUUGAAAAAGUCGGCAGCAGAAACAAUGAGGAGAAAAUGGGAACGGCUCGCCGUAAACCGACUGUUAGCUCCCAGUUCAGGGACUCUCUCCACGCUCUCAUGGCCACUCUGAGUGUCUCUAAUCCCUUCUUCAUCCGCUGCAUCAAACCCAACAUGGAGAAGAACCCCAACGUCUUCGACCCAGAGGUGGUCCUGAACCAGCUGAGAUAUUCCGGGAUGUUGGAGACUGUGAAGAUCCGACGUGCCGGGUUUCCCGUCCGAAGAACAUUUAAAGAUUUCUUUUCACGCUACAAAAUAAUUCACAAAGAGAAAAUCCCGACCGCUGGGGACGACAAGAAGAGGAGCACUGACCUUCUCACCCGCUAUGACAAGACAAAGAAAGAGUGGCAGCUUGGAAAGACCAAGGUUUUUAUGAAAGAGUCUUUAGAGCAACGUUUAGAAAAAGACAGAGAUGAAGUGCGACGCCAGGCAGCCAUGAUCAUAAGAGCUCAUUUACUCACCUUUUCUGCCAAGAAGUACUUCAAGCGCGCUCGCGCCAGUGUGGUCACGCUUCAGAAGCACCUCCGUCGCCACAUUCACCGCAGGAAGUUUGUGAAGCAGCGCAAAGCAGCGCUGGUGCUACAGAAACACAGGCGCGGACAAGUGGCGCGCACUCGAGUACGAAAACUCCGAGAGGAGAAGAAGAAAAGUGAGGCUGAGGAGAGGAAGAAGGAGGAGGAGGAGGAGAAGAAGGAGCAGGCGAAUGGAGACGAGGAUGAACAGAAAAAUAAAUCUUCAGAGGACGAGGCUCGGCAGAUGGAGGAGAUCCUGCAGUUGGAGCGAGAGAUUGAGCGUCUGCAGAAGAAGAGAGAGGACGAGGUGUCUCAGCUGUGUGAGUCCUCCAAACAGGAGCUACAGCUUCGCAGAGAUGCUGAGCUCAAGAGGAUGAAGAAGGAAGCGUCUCGAAAAGCCACUGAGCUGAUUGACCUGCUGAACUUUGGGGGCGUGGAUCCCUCACUGCCAGAUGAAGGGGCGAAGCCUGUACCUGAGGUGAAAGCGGCGAAUGGUGCCAGCGCCUCCCCGCGAGCUUCCAAGGAUGAGGAGGUGGACGAGGGCUUCCAUGCUGAAGAGGAGUGCAUCCCGCUCCCUGACUUCCCUCCUCCGGCGGAGACCGACGCCCCCAUCGACCAGGCCAUAUUUGCUCACCUCCCUCCACCUCCACCUGCUUUUGCAGAGGGAACUGUGCCACCUGCUCCUCCUCCUCCACCGCCUUUGCCGACAGAUGCCGCUGCCGGGCUCCCUCCACCUCCCCCUCCUCUGCCUCCAGCCGAUGGCGCCGCCGUCCCUCCUCCUCCACCACCUCCUCCUCCCCCACCACCUGGAACAGAAGAGGAAAAGGCAGAUGAAUCCAAGCCAGAGCAGGAGAGGAAAGUGAGCAUGGUGGAGAGCCUGGUGGACGGAGAGGAGCCCAUCUACAGCAUGCCGGCCGACACCGAGUCGGACUAUGACCAGGAAGAAGAAGAGGGUUCUGUCACUGCUGGAGAUGACAGCUCUGUUUCUGGGAGUAACCGCGGCAGCACGGCCGUGACGGAUGAGGAGCACCCGAGGAAGUCGACGUGCACCAACGCCAGCAUGGAGUCCUACAGAGGCAGCUCUGACUCUGUGAGGAGACACACUUACACGCAUCCGCACAAGUGUGCACGCAGAUAUUACGCUGGCAGUGAUGAUGAGCACGAUGGGAUGAUGGACACUGAUGAGGAAGUGACAAGUGGCAGGGUCACGCUACUGAACGGAAACGGUCCUCCUUAUUUCCACGGUUACCUCUACAUGAAGGCUGGUCUGAUGAUUCCCUGGAGGAGGCGCUGGUGUGUGUUGAAAGACGAGACCUUCAUGUGGUUCCGGUCCAAACAAGAGUCUCUGAAGUCCGGGUGGCUUUACAAGAAAGGAGGAGGCCUGUCGACUCUCUCACGGAGGUUGAACUGGAAGAUGCGCUGGUUUGUCCUGAGGGACAGCAAACUGAUGUACUAUGACAACGACAGCGAGGAGAAGCUGAAGGGGACCAUUGACAUCCGUGCCGCCAAGGAGAUCGUGGAUAACCACGAGAAGGAGAACGCUCUGAACAUUGUGACGGAUGACAGAACCUAUCAGGUGUUUGCUGAGUCACCGGAGGAUGCCAGCGGCUGGUUUAAUGUGCUCAGCAAGGUCAGAGUGAGCACACCAGAGCAGCUGAUGGACAUGUCUCAUGAGCAGGCCAACCCCAAGAACGCAGUGGGGACUCUUGACGUGGGGCUGAUUGACUCGGUGUGUGCUUCAGACAACCCUGACCGGCCGAACUCUUUCGUGAUCAUCACAGCCAACCGAGUGAUCCACUGCAACAGUGACACUCCGGAGGAGAUGCAUCACUGGAUCAGCCUGCUGCAGAAGCCCAAGGGAGACGCCCGGAUCGAUGGCCAGGAGUUCCUUGUCAGAGGUUGGCUGCACAAGGAGAUGAAGACCAACACCAAGAGCACCUCCCUGAAGUUGAAGAAGCGCUGGUUUGUUUUGACCCACGGGUCUCUGGAUUACUACAAGAGUGCGGAGAAGAAUUCCUCCAAGAUGGGAACCCUGGUCCUGAACUCCCUCUGCUCCGUCAUCCAGCCUGAUGAACGGGUGCACAGAGAGACAGGUUACUGGAACAUCAUCGUGUACGGACGGAAGCAUUCCUAUCGACUUUACACCAAAAUGCUAAACGAAGCCAUGAGAUGGACCGCUGCCAUACAAGGAGUGAUUGACAGCAAGACUCCGAUUGAAACUCCGACGCUGCAGCUCAUCAGAGACAUCAAGGAGAACAGUGUUAACCCAGACAUCGUGGAGCAGAUGUACCGAAGAAAUCCCAUCCUCAGAUACACGCAGCACCCACUGCACUCGCCGCUGCUCCCGCUGCCGUACGGAGAGGUCACCAGCUUGCAAAGGCAGCAGGGGUAUGCCAGUCUGCAGGACGAGGCGGUGCGUGUUUUCAACUCCCUGCAAGAGAUGGAGACCCUGGCUGACACGGUCCCCAUCAUCCAGGGCAUCCUGCAGACCUGCCAGGACCUGCGCCCACUCAGGGACGAGGUAUAUUGUCAAGUGAUCAAGCAAACCAAUCACGUGCCUCAGCCGAACAGCCCGGCUAAUCGGGCUCACUGGCACCUUCUCACCUGCAUGAGCUGUACCUUCCUCCCAAGUCGAGCGAUCCUCAGAUAUCUCCGCUUCCAUCUGAAGAGAGUGCGCGAGCGCUACCCCUCCACUGAGAUUGAACGGUACGCCACUUUCAUCGGGGAGUCGCUGAAGAAGACCAAGACUCGAGAGUUCGUUCCCUCUCAGGAGGAGAUCGCCGCUCUGCUUGUGAGACAGGAGAUGAGCACCACUGUUUACUGUCAUGGAGGCGGGUCCUGCAAGAUCUCCAUCAACUCGCACACCACAGCUGGAGAGGUGGUGGAGAAGCUGAUCAGAGGUCUGGCCAUGGAGGAGAGCAAGAACCUUUUCUCUCUGUUUGAGCACAACAGCUUCACUGAUCGGGCUCUGGAAAGCCGAGUGAUCGUGGCCGACGUUUUGGCCAAGUUUGAGCGACUGGCCGGCAGCGAAGAAGAGGAGGAAGAAGGAGAGUGGAAACUGUACUUCAAACUUUACUGCUUCCUGGACGUGGAGAGUAUGCCCAAGGAAGGAGUGGAGUUUGCUUUCAUGUUCGAGCAGGCCCAUGAGUCUCUGAUCAGCGGUCACUUCCCUGCCUCAGAGGAGACUCUGCAGCACCUGGCUGCUUUGCGUCUGCAGUAUCUCCACGGCGACGGUGCGGGUCGGGCCGGAUGGAGCCUGGGGACCGUCUAUCCCAUCGGACGCCUCCGCAGCCGCAUCUUGCACAGCACCAAGCCGGGCGUCGGGGGCGCUGCUGGUGCUGGAGGAACCGGAGCUGGAGCAGUGGAUGGGAAGACUCCAGCAGGAGGUCCAGGAGGGGUCUGUGCUGGAGCGGAGAAGCGGAAGACCCCCAGCUUCCUGGAUGGAACCCUGAGGAGAAGCUUUAAGACGGGCUCACUGAAGAAGCAGAGGGUGGAGGAGGAGCAGAUGCUGGAGAUGUGGGUCAAGGAGGAGACGUCGGCCACCCGCACCAGUGUUCUGGAGAAGUGGACCCGGCUGCAGGGCAUGCCACAGCACCAGGCCAUGCUGAAGUAUAUGAGCAUCAUCAAGGAGUGGCCUGGAUAUGGAUCCACUCUCUUUGAUGUGGAGUGCAAGGAGGGCGGCUUCCCUCAUGACCUGUGGCUCGGCGUGAGUGCUGACAACGCAUCCGUGUAUAAACGAGGUGAACCAAAACCUUUGGAGACCUUCCAGUAUGAACACAUCACCUUCUUCGGGGCCUCUCAACUCUGCACCUACAAGAUCAUUGUGGACGAGAGGGAGAUGUUCUUUGAGACGCCAUUGGUUGGUGAGAUCACAAAGAUCAUGCGCGCCUACAUCAACAUGAUGGUGAAGAAGCGCUGCAGCAUCAUGUCCGUCACCAGCGUGGCCAGUUCUUGGGUCAGGUGAUUGCAGCCCGGCGAGUCGGAGCUCUAAGAUGGAAGCCUCUCCGCGGACGGAGGCGCUCGUUGGUCCUCCGGGUUGUUGAGAACCUGAACGAGUCGUGACGCUCGCGCCGCUGGUCUGGGAGCAAUAACGGACAUUAUGGGAUGGCCCUUUCAAACCUCGACAGUAAUCCUGCAUGUAGAUGUUGGUCCACACUCCAAACUUCUCAUCUGAUCUCGGUAUAUCAAGCACAACACCGCGGCCACUCCCAGAUGCACUGCCAGAUGGAAGGAACGCUCCAUACUCAUUUCCCCUCUCACUUUCUGACUCUCUCUCUUUCUCUUCGUGUGUCUCAUCAUCUCCUUUCAAAGUUUGCUUCUGUUCAUUUUUAUCUUCGACACUUUCGCUAACAAAAAAAAACACGAGGUCUCUGAUAGUGCCACUGUGUGGCCAGAAGUAGAAGAGCAGCCAAAGAGGGUGGCUUGAAAUAUCCAAGUUUUUUUUUACAGGCUUUGUUUAUCUGUGCAUGAAAAUCAGACUGACGUCUGGAUUUCAUUCCAUGCAUAGCUGUGCUGUAUAUUCUUCACACACGUGCACAUGAACACGACCAGGAAGUGUUGUUUUGUACAGUAUAUCACAUAUAAGAGUAACUAUGACCCCAGCAGCAACAGCACUGUAUAAUAAAUAGAUGCUAAAUGGAAUGUUAUGCCGCUACAUGCAACAAAAUCGCUGCCGUUGCUGCACAUCCUUCACUGGUUGUGCUGUUAAUCUACAGGGAAAUGACUGGAGAGGAAAUCAGCCUGAAUCUUCAGGUUUGCUGGAUUCAUGCGUUCAUUCAAGCCAUUAUUUAGUGUCUGGGUGGCUGGUUUGUUUCAUGAGUUUUUCAUUUUAAAACCUCAACCUCCCUGAGUUUUCUGGAAUGCUGCUGAUGUGUGUGUUGUUGUGUUAUUUCAUUGGAGUUGUGCAGGGAAAAAAAAGGGAAGUGAGUAUUAUAAACGAGAAGUACUUUACUGAGUGUAUUCCGUGGAAACGAGUUGUAUUUACUACAUUAAUCUUUGUGAUCGUGAGGGAAGAGCAUGGGAGUAACGGGGGGAGGGCGGGAGGGGAUAAGGAAUGGGGACAUUUAAGUAUUUAUGUGAUCUACGGAGGGCAGCGAUGGUGCUGUUUCAGAUGUGUCGUGGAAGUGAGGGAUCAGAUGUGAGGGUGUUUUCGGAAAAGCUGGCGGCUGUGUUAUAUGUGAGUGUGUGUGUGUGAGGAGAUUCAAACUUGAGGUGACGUCAUGGUUCUGUCAACAUGCCUCUUCCUCCUCCAUCAUGGGAAUUCUCGCUUUGACUUCAUCAGAUGUUACAGUAUAAUGACUUCAAACUAGUUUCUGUGUCAACAUCGAGUCACUCUCUUUUAAUGUUCAUCUUUUGGUGAAACUGUUGAAAUUUAAGUUUGAAAAAGAGCAAAUCAGAGACUGACUUCACAAGUCUCUAGAAUGGUCCACUAGCAGUUUUAAAGUUACACUUUAAGGUAAAUAAAUAAUAAUCUGGCAUCACAAAUGAAUUAUUUUUAACAAGCUAGUCAAAGAUCAAAAACACAGUUGUGUUGACUAUAGUUUUGGGGUGGUAACUGCUGCAUAAAGAGUGCUGUUAUCAGAGCUUUUCAAGACGUUUCUUACCAUUCUUAAAUAGUGCUUUUUAAUGCAGAUUUUUGUGUGAUCGGUCUGUCGUUGGCUCUUAAAAAUAGGGCUUUAAAUGAAACGAAAAAAAAGAUGUAAAUAUCGCAGAUUAAUUGCAUAUACAUUUUCAUUUUCUGUGCUCCAGUUUCAGUUUAGAAAAUGUAAUAGAAGCAUAAAAAAUGUUGUUCAGUGCUCUCAAUGCUGCAUAGAGUUCUGUCUUUUGUGACUAAUCGUGAUGAAUCAGUUAUAAAACUUCUAAUAUAUUCGAUACAAUUCUUAAGUGGAGCCUGUUCCAGCAUCCUAAAUGCAGCAUUUAUCACUUCAAAAUCAUUUUAAAAUUGAUCUUCUGCUGCUAGAUUUCUGGUUUCAACUACAAUUGUAUCAAACGACACUAAAAACUAUUGAAUAUAACAGCGGUGCCUGUUGAAACCUGACUGAAUCCUGACCACUACCGCUCAUGCAGGCGACACACCAGCUCUGUCCCACAUGAUCCCAAACCUGUCUCCAUCACUUCGGAGUCCAGUGAUUGGCCGCAGGCGGCCGGACUGGGGCCCGCGCUUGUUUCAUCUUAUGCUUGUUGUCAUUAUUAUAUAGUAAAAACAUUGUGCUUGUUGGAAAAAAAGAGAGGAAGAGAGAGAAAUGUGUGGUGUUCUUUUUUAUUUGUAACUGGAUUUACAAAAUUAUGCUUUAAUAAACCAUGAAAUUGAGGCUGUUGGUGUUUUAUUGAUGCUAAUGCUAAUGCAUUUUUUAACCUGAAUUUUACUCAAAAUAUAUCUAGCUUUUAUUUUUUUCUUAAAUAG